UCUUCCACAGCGGUAAGACCGGAGACUUUACCAGGGACACAGAGGAGGGUAAACCCGCAUGAACUCACUUUAUGCUCUUUAAUAACUGUGAAAUUUUGAUUUGUCAUCGACUGAUUAUACAAUUUCGGGAUGCGCCACUCGUGCGUAAAACACUGGCACCGUUUCCAAAGCGCACAGGAAGCAUCAAGAGGAAUUACCACAACCAUAAAUAACCAUCGUAAACCUUAUCGUGGACACGUUCAACCUUUAGAAACUCAUUUUAAAUAGUCGGCACCGGGGGAGGAGAGAAUCAGACGAGGAGGGCAAGGAUAUAAGACAAACGCAACAUCGGCAGAAUGUCAUUCGCGUGGAGAUAAACAAAGUGUCAAAUGUUUUUAAAGACUUGGAAAUGGAAAACCAACCUUGAAAGAAAACUGAUAGGGGAUCGCUCAUUUAGUGAGAAUGAAGCUGGGCGUCUGGAGCGUUUUCACAUCAAGGACACUUUACCGCGGAUGAACCCUCCUAGGGUGAGAUAUUUUUGCGGAGAAAAUUAAUCCGUCAAGAUUAUUAUUUAUGUAUGGUUUCGUAACAUCUAACUGUCUGUACAGUAAGUAGGGGAAAUAACAAUACAUGAGAGUAGUUGACAUAGUUCCUACAUUUUCGUAACAUCCCAGAAACUGAAACAACUAAAAUAACUGACCUAAAAUUACCUAGUGGAGCUUCUCAGUGAUCUGCUGGUGGUACCUAGACCUCAGAUUGGGAACUGUUGUUCUCUUCUCAGUUAUCUGCCAGUGGUCAGAGGCAGAGCUCCUGUCCAGUGAUACUAUGGACUAUAACUGAUGUAUCCUAUAUGAGAAGAUGUCAAAAAACGAAGACAAAGAAACUAAUCUUUCUCUAAUCUACUAAUUAAUAAUAAUCUGUGGAUAUUUGUCUCGGAAUGCUCAGAAGCUCUUAGUUUGCCAACGUCCAUCUCACUUUCUCUUCAAACAUGGAGAAUAUGUCUAUCCCCGGCAGUGCACCGCCAGUCUGCAACGACUCUGUUGACUUCUACUCCCUCACGUCAGGGAACCACACUAACUUGAACUGCACUCUUCCCCCUGAGUUUCCCUUCUAUGCUGACCUUUACAUCAUUUUACCGGUCAUCUAUUCUGUAAUCUGUGCAGUGGGACUGACAGGCAACACGGCUGUCAUCUACGUGAUCCUCAAAGCCCCCAAGAUGAAAACAGUAACUAAUAUGUUCAUCCUGAACUUGGCCAUCGCUGAUGAUUUGUUCACUUUGGUGUUGCCGAUCAACAUUGCUGAACACUUGCUGCACUACUGGCCUUUCGGUGAGGUUUUGUGCAAAGUUAUCCUUAGCAUAGACCACUACAACAUCUUCUCCAGUAUCUAUUUCCUGACAGUUAUGAGCAUUGACCGCUACCUGGUCGUUUUGGCCACAGUGAGGUCCAAGCGCAUGCCUUACCGCACGUACCGAGCAGCCAAAAUCAUCUCAUUGUGUGUCUGGAUCCUCGUUAUUCUCAUUGUCAUGCCUUUCACUGUUUUCGCUGGUGUCUACAUCAACCCCAAUGAUGAGAGGAAGAGCUGCGUGCUCAGCUUCCCCAGCCCUGAGAGUCUGUGGUUCAAAGCAAGCCGGAUCUACACGCUCAUACUGGGCUUUGCCAUUCCGGUCUCAACCAUCUGUAUCUUAUACACAAUGAUGCUCUACAAGCUGAGGAACAUGCGGCUCAACAGCAAUGCCAAGGCACUGGACAAGGCCAAGAAGAAAGUCACCAUCAUGGUGUUUAUUGUCUUGGCUGUGUGCUUGUUCUGCUGGACGCCGUUCCACCUCAGCACCAUUGUGGCUCUGACGACGGACCUGAGGACCACACCACUGCUAAUCGGGAUCUCCUACUUCAUAACCAGCCUGAGCUACGCCAACUCCUGCCUCAACCCUUUCCUCUACGCCUUCCUGGAUGACAGCUUCAGGAAAGCCUUCAAGAAGAUGUUGGAAUGUAGACCGGCCUGAAUAUGUGACGUAAGAUAGAAGUCUACAGAGACUUACUACGUCAGGACAGACUCUGAUGAAAAAAUGGUAUGGAAAAGUUUGACUCAAAUCAGAAGAAGUCAGAUUUGAACCUAAAGUUUGAUUGGUUUGUUAAAGCUGCACUAGGCAACUUUGAACAUUGUUUGCACAUGAUAGCAAGAGAUAACCAUCUUUUUAUUUAUCUUUAAUAUGUGUAAAAUGUAAAAUUAUGUAAACUGCAUACCACAUUCUUAAUGUGACAAAACCUAAAUGCUUUAUACUACAGCAAACCAAAGUGAUGAGAGAGGAGUCCAGCUUCGUCUAGACAGAGAGCUGUUUGGGUGUCACUCUUCAGUUUAAAUUCAUCACUUCCUUUGGGCGGAGAAUAUAUCAUGUUAGCACAAGUAAAUCUGAAGCCUCUUAUGAGAGAAAGCGUGGUUUUCUUUGUCACAGCUGGACUGUUUUAUUUUUACUGAAUUUGCCUAGUGCAGCUUUUUAUGGGUCUGAGAGCACAGUGAGAGAAUAUUGAAAGUUGACAGAAAUGGGGAAUAUUGCAAUAGAGAAUGAUAACAGUGACAUACAGAACAAUAAUGGAAUUAAAAAGAACCAACAGUUUGUUAUACUAUAUAACUGUCGGCAGAAUUGCCCAUCAUCAUCGUGUCUGAAGAGCUGGCCAUGAAAUCUGAUUGUUUUCCAAGUGAAGACUGCAAAUUAAAUUGUCCGAGCUUUUUCCAUGAUGGUAAAAAAUCCAAUUAUGAGGCAGCGAGUUGAGAUGGGUCGCUGUAAACAGUCGUGACCUUCUCUGGACUCCAUCUGGACUCAGAGGACGGAGGAACACCUCGGAGGGGUCAAACAUCUGCUGUGUGAAGAAAAUAGAGUUCAAGACAGUGUCACUGAUUUGCAUGCUGUCAGUCUCAUCAACGUUAUGAGAAUAGUCAGGGUUGGAGGGUAACAGGAUACAUGUCAGGAGAUUAAAGGUGUUUAGUUAUGAAUCGCUCAUUUUUAUUCAUUACAAACACUGGAUGAAAAAAAAGUUUACCUGUAAAAUCAAACCUGGUGGGAUGACAUAUUGAAAUAUUGUGUGAUCAUUGUAUGCAAAACACUUAAUCUGCCUUUAAAUGAUGUUGGGUUUUGAGCAAAGUAAUCUCAAUUGAACCAAAUGAUACGUUUUUGUAGAUCACAUGAGGCUUUAGAGUUCUGUUUUUCAGGUAAACAAGCAGGUUACAGAGAUCCAUUUGCAAAAUACGACCUGAACAAUGACAAGGUUGAAGCAUGGACUCUUUAAAUGAAGGCACUGUUUGGAUGAACAAUGUGUUUGGUGCACAUUAUUUUUUACAGAAUGUAUAUGUACCACUUAAGAAAUGAAAAAGGAACCUUACCAACCCUGACAACAGUACUGUAGGCCUGAUGUAAGACAGGCAUGGGACAGGAGGGCUAUGUAAAAUGUAAUCUGCAUUGCUCGUCUCUAUUUUGUUGUGAGCUUUUGUCGCCCCCUGUUGUCAACAGGGCGGCAUUACCUGAAAAUGCAGCCAGAGCCAUUUACAGACUCUGUGCAAAGCCAUUAAUGAAGGGAGUUACACAUUUCCGCACUGCUUGUUAAAGAUUAUGUACAAUUUCUCCUUUCACUUCGUGGAUAUUUAUGAGUAGCAUCUUUUGGUAUCUAACAGUAAAAAUAUGUGCAAUCCAAUGACAUUCACAUACUGCAGAAACUUAGCAUCUAUCUCUAUUUAGUGGUAUAGUACAGAGUUUGUUUUACACAGUAAAACCAUGAAGACACUGAAAACAUGAUGGUAUUGUUUGCAGAGAAUAAAAACGAGGGGCUUGUUUGAGGCUUCGCUCCGUAAAAUCACAAUAUCAGGAUACUUUUUGCCGGAGAUUUGUAGGACUUAUAUGUAUUUGUUUGAUGUAGUUUUAAUUAAAUAAUGAUUUAAUUGUUUUUAACCAUUAUUGUCUAUUUGAGCAUAACACUUUUUUGUGUGCAGCUUUCAAGCUCACGCGAGCUCCAAAUUUACAGGUGAUUUCCACAAUGACAAUUCUAACUUUGCUUAACCAGUUCUUCUGAUUGAUGGAUAAAGCAUUAUUUUUCAAAAAACCUCAUCGAUGCCAGUUUGCAGCAUUAACUCAGCAGUAACAAACCUGCUACACCCUGCUUACCUGCUAGCCAUGUAAACUCCUGAUUUCAACUUUCAUUUUACAGUAAUUUUCUUUAAAUAAUGAUAAUAAAAUAUUUUAACAUUUUGUGUCUGUGUAUUGCGGCAAUUCACUCAUAGUAUGUGAUGCUUUUACAGAAAUACUCUGAUAUGUGUCUGUGUGUCAUCUUACACACUUUUCUCAAGUUUGUAAUGGAGGAGGAACAGUCCAUCAGUCAAGUAGAGUUGAAAAAGUUACUUCUUGCGCUCAUUUAUCCAGCAUUAAUCUUCUAGGUUUAAGUUAUGAUUCUUCUCUUCAGUGUUGUACAAUUUAACAUUAUAGUGUAACAGACAGUUUACUUCCUUGGAUGUGUUUGACUAUGUUUUUAGAAAUGUUGUAAAUCAUGAAACACAAUGCCAGUGUAACUCCUUUCAGCCAUUGAUGGCUAUAAAAUCAGCAAAAACCUUUUUCUCCAACACUCCCUGUUGUAGAUGACAGCAGCUUAUAGAGGUUAAGCAAGCAUGUGACAUAAAUCAGCUUCUACAAAGGCUUUGUCUGUAUGGCCCUGACUGCAACAACAGAAACCAUUCUGUAUGUACUGCUGUAAAUAGUUCAGUCUUUUCCAUUUAACUGUACAGAAUGUAUAGUGACAGCGAUGUAUAGUCAAAUAUUCAACGUAGAACUUGUGUCACACAUAUGAGAAAUGAUAUAAAAUUUGAGUUGAAGAUUAUGAAUCAUUGUCUUUUAUGCAGCCUGUAAUUAAGAAUCAUGGCAUCUGAUGUCAUCUAUUUGUGUAUUUUAGAAUAUAUUUAAUGUCUAUCAAUAAAUAAUAAAUAAAUAUAAGUUUAUUUUCCC